UGUUUGGGGUUGGGGAGGGCUGCCUCGCGCGCCUUGGCGAGCCCAGAAAUCACCUGCAGCGGCUUGGAGGCAAGGCGCAGAGCUCGUGCCUCUUCCCCUUCCAUGACGAGAAGAAGCGAGGCAAGGGGGCUUUCUCCCUGACAGAGCCACGCAGUUGCGUCGUAGCGGGAGGCGAAGGGAGCCUGGCGGAGAGAGGGGCAAGGAGGGGAACGGGAGGAGGAGAAGAAGAAGAAGAGCUUCCCUUCUCCCAACCCGGCCCAAUUUGAAGGGAGGCCGUGAUGGGGGAGCGCGCCUCGAUUCGCCCCAGCCUCUCUGGGCUGCUCAAAGCGGGCGCCAUGGAAGCCCCCAGCCUGGACCUGCUGGAGUCGCCCGGGGACUGCCCUUCGCCCCUGGAGCUCAAGUCGGCGCCCAGUAAGAAGAUGUGGGUCAAGCUGCGGGCGCUGUUGCGGUACAUGGUGAAACAACUGGAGACAGGAGAAGUGAAUAUCGAUGAGCUGAAGAAGAAUUUGGAAUAUACUGCUUCAUUGCUGGAAGCGGUAUACAUCGAUGAGACCAGGCAGAUUCUGGACACGGAAGAUGAGCUGCAGGAAAUCAAGUCAGAUGCAGUCCCCUCGGAGGUGCGGGACUGGUUGGCCUCGACUUUCACCCAGCAGACCCGUGCCAAGGGACGCCGCUCUGAGGAGAAGCCCAAGUUCCGCAGCAUUGUCCAUGCCGUCCAAGCUGGCAUCUUUGUGGAAAGGAUGUUCCGUCGGACGUACACGGCUGUGGGGCCCAAUUAUUCUCAGUCAGUCAUCAACUGCCUGAAGACUCUUGACCUCUGGUUUUUCGAUGUCUUUGCACUGAAUAAAGUGAGUGAGGACCAUGCCCUACGCACAAUAGUCUUUGAACUGCUCACCCGCCACAAUCUCAACAGCCGUUUUAAGAUCCCCACGGCGUACCUUAUGACCUUCCUGGAUGCACUGGAGGCUGGCUAUGGGAAAUACAAGAACCCUUACCACAACCAGAUACACGCUGCUGAUGUUACUCAGACUGUACACUGCUUCCUGCUCCGCACUGGCAUGGUGCACUGUCUGACAGAGAUAGAGAUCUUGGCCAUGAUCUUUGCAGCUGCAAUUCAUGACUAUGAGCACACGGGUACCACCAACAGUUUCCACAUCCAGACCAAGUCUGAUACGGCCAUUUUAUACAAUGACCGUUCAGUGCUAGAGAACCACCAUAUCAGUGCCGUCUUCCGCAUGAUGCAAGAUGAUGAGAUGAACGUCCUUGUCAACCUGAACAAGGACGAAUUUACGGAGCUCCGGUCGCUUGUGAUCGAAAUGGUUCUGGCCACUGACAUGUCCUGUCAUUUCCAACAAGUCAAGUCUAUGAAAACCUCUCUACAGCAGCUGGAAAGGAUCGACAAGUCAAAAGCUCUCUCCCUGUUGCUGCAUGCAGCGGACAUCAGCCACCCCACUAAACAAUGGACAGUUCACUCCCGAUGGACCAAAGCCCUCAUGGAAGAAUUUUUCCGGCAGGGUGACAAGGAGGCUGAGCUGGGAUUGCCUUUCUCUCCACUGUGUGAUCGUACCUCCACGUUGGUGGCCCAGUCACAGAUUGGCUUCAUUGAUUUCAUUGUGGAGCCUACUUUUCAAGUGCUGACAGACGUGGCUGAGAAGAUGGUCAUCCCCUUGGUGGAAGAAGGCUCCAAGAAUAAAACUUCCACCCAGCAGAGCAGUUCCCACUGGCGUCAACCAUCAGUAGAUGACCAUUCUGAGCUGGGAGACAUCAACAAAGACAUCAACAGCUUCCGUUCCACCUGGACAAAGUAUAUCCAAGAGAACAAGCAAAAGUGGAAGGAGAGGGCUGCCAGCGGGAUUACAAACCAGACCUCCAUUGAUGAGCUCUCACCAUGUGAGGAGGAGCCAAGGACGCCUGAAAACCAGCACAAUCAGAAUGGCAAUGUGGAAUAGUGCAGCCUGUGUGAGAGAGCAAGGUGACUGUCGCAAAUUUACUCCGAUGUCUUUGAUACCAUCGAUUCAGCACCAUCCGCACAGGGAGAGGGAGCCACACCCGGGUGCCCUGGCUCGAGGAGGGUGUGACGUGAAUGCGACCAUCAAUACUACUAGUAAUAAUAAUAAUAUUAAUAAUGAUAAAUGCAAACGAUGUCGACAUCACACACAGCACCCACUGCCUGUCCCAUCCCUGAGCUACAGAGAAUGAGAGAGACCCCCUCCCCCAUGUGUAUAUUCCCCUCCUAAGUCACUAAGUACCCAUGGACCAACGGUCUCUGUGGCCUCUGGGGAUUGCCAUACAUUUGCAUACAAGCAAUCACACACAAGUGCACACAUCUUUUUCCCCAGAAGCAUCAAACAGCUCGGGUAAGGCUUCUCACUGCCAAACAGCAAAGUGACUGCCGAGGUGAUUGCUGAACUGGUUUCUUGAAGAAAUAUGAUGGGCUAUGCCUGCAUUUUGCAUGGGGAAAGUUUAUGGAGUUCAUUAGGCCUGGUAAUUGUGUCUACAUUGGAAAGCAGUGGCUGGCAGGGAGAAUCUUGCCCUCAUGUAUCAACACGGCUCUCAGAUGCCCUUAGAAGUGAUCUAAACCAAUUGUACCCAGAAUUCAACCCCUUGCCACCCCUCCUGUAAAAUUUCCUUAGUAGACUAGUUUUCCCAAAGCCUCUCAUACGUUCAGCCUUUUGAGUGACAAUGCUUUAUCUUAAAACCAAGCAGUCUUGUCUCCAUUGUUUCAGCAUUAAACCAAACUGGCUCAGAAUUAUGGAUGCCCAAUUUUAAGCCUCCCAAGCAGUAUAGCAACCUAUGCUUUUUAAAAAAACCUCCUUUACUGAUUGCCUGGUAAUCAUGGCCCUAUUUGACAGAUGGUUUGUCAUGGGUCAGGAGUUGGAGCUCUGUUGAAUUUCCUCCUCCUCCUCUCCGUAGGCCCUUCCAUCACAUUUCAGAGAUGUGCAAUAUGGAUGCCAGAUAGACCUUGGCACAGGUGAUCAUUCUACAGGUGUUAACUUCUGGGAAAAAGCUUUCUUUAUUAUGUUUAUUUAUCCUCCACUUUUUCUCUCUCCACAAGGAGACUCAAAACGACUUUAUGGGGCAAUUCUAAUUUGUAUAUACAGUACCUAUUUCAGUACAGAGCCAUAUCAUGCAGUGUGUGGGCUUGGGCAAUCUGUAGGAAUCAUUUCUCUAUGGCUGACAUGCACAUGUACAUCUUCCUGUGUGAGGGGGGUGGAGGCCGGAAGGGCCGCUUACCUCUGGGAAGGUCAUUCCAACAGAAGUGAGAGCAAAGGGUUUUAUGGAUCAGGCAGAUUAAGAUUUAACAUGAGCUAGAAUCAUUGUUUUUUUUUCCUUUUUUUCAAAAUGCGGGCUCACUUAAGUAAUAAUGGAAAUAGCAAAGUGUAGAAUAUUCUUAGCUUAAGGUGCAGAUUGUGCCAAUAUAUCUGACAUGCAAUGGUAUGUCUAUUCAGGACAGAGGAUGGACUCUAAGUCCAGCAUUUCUUUCCCUUAAAUCCCAGCAUUUCUCUUCUGAAUAGAAUUAAGGCAUUGGCUUAACAGACUAAGACUUGUGGUCACUGCUAGGCUGCAGUUUGUGAAAAGACAACAUCAAAAAUGAUCCUAGAAUUUAUCUUAAGAGUUCUUGCAUGAGUUUGAAGAACAUCAGGUUUUAAGGAGUCAAAUUGGCUCGUUCUUAGCAAGUGGAGGUCAUUCUACUUUGAUUUUUGCUGUUCCAGAUGGCUGUUCUGUUGCAAGGCCAUCUAUGUUUACUAAUGUAACUGGAAGGAAACAUGGCAGCGAAGACUGGGCCCCAAGGAGGAGUGGUAGCUGCUGAAGAGCAGGGUAAGAAAAGUAACAAAUAUGAAAGGCAGAUUGGGGACAACUAUAUGUGGAUCCAUCCAAAUUCCUGUUCUCAACAUAGCAAUGUGGCAUGUCUCUUCUUAUGAUGAGGAUUGACUCUGAGAAACUCUGCCUCAGGCCGAGUUGCACAUUUGUAGAAAGUAUACGGUACAGUCUCAAGAGGAUCAUACAUUUUUGGCAACAGAGACACAUUCAUUAUCCAGGUCAAAAUCUAGGAUAGAAAAUCUAGGGUCCCGGCAGGAGGUAUUCUUUAAAAAUGUGCAGAGAUGCCAUAUAUGCACAUGUAAUUCCUCCAUACUGUCUGGUUCUAAUUGGGCUGACGCUAGUAUUUGGAACAUUUGAGGUAGGACACAUAUUUUACUUCUCCUGUUGAACCAAUAGGUUUUGCCUUCAGAUGACAGGGCCUGAGUAUUCUUGCACUUAAGAAUGUGGACGUGGGAUCAAAUAGGUGAGCUCUUUUGGCAUAUUUCAAUAACAUCCCCAUGCAAGGCAGCCACAGAGUAUGCAGAUUUAUGGAGGCAGUGUGAGAGAAACUGUAGUUGAGAGGCUUCUGAAAGCUGCCAGAAGUUUGGGAGGAAAAGUGGAAUGUUUUAAAGUCUGUGGCAGAACAAGAUGGUGCUCCAUUUCUUCAAAGAGAAGUGUUUGCCCUCUCCUGAAAUAUUUUAGGUCACGCAAUGAACUUCAGGCCUGAGUUUCUCCCCAUGUUGGAACCUGCUCCCCAUUCCCCUCACUUCCACUUAGAAUGAAGACAUGGCUAAGAAUAUGUUCCAUAUGUAUUCUUCAGCUCUGAUGUCUAACACUUUGAAUACUUCUUCUGACAUGGUUGAACAAGGACCAUCAAGGGGUAGAGUUAUCAUCCCUCUGCUGUGUCUCCACCUCACCCACAAGUGACCAAACAAGACAUAACUUUGCUGUUCUCAUUACCACCCACCCACACUGGGCUCCCCAUGGCAUUGUAAAUACCCCUAUUCCUGCCGUCAACACAUUUGGUCCGUGGAACUCUGUAUGUAUUUGUACCUCGGACAUAAAUUUUCUACCAUGCAGUAAGUAACUCUUUUUUUUUUGUUUUGUUCUGUUUCUUGAAUUCAAAAUUCUUAUUAUAAACAGAUCCAUAGUCCAAUGCAGACUUCCAAGUUAUACGCAUGUAAAAGAAACGUAACAAAUAAAAGGAAAAGAAUGAACAGCAACAACAAAAAUAAAUAAAAAUGAUGGGAAAAAAGAGA